AGUUUUAUAUCUGCAAAAAAAAAAAAAAAAAAAAAAAAAACUGAAUCUUGGGUUUUAUUGAAAAAUGAUGAAGAAAUCAUGGGUUUGUACUUUGAUUACUCAAUUUUGUUUAUGUUUGUCUCUUUUUCUUGUUCUUAACUUGUGUCAAAAUCAGAAGCCAAUGAUAAGGAAUGGAAAUGUGAAUGAUCUUCCCAUGGAUAUAUAUUUUAUAAGUGUUACAGGGGGUAUUAGAACUCUUGAAGAGCAGACCCUUCUUCUCAAACAGGUGGAGAAGGUAGCAAAAAAGUUCAAUGCAAGAUUCGUUAUCAACAUAAGCGAACUUGGGGAAGAUGAUCCUCUUAUGCAAAAUGCUACUUGGCGUUUUCCUUCCGUGAAGAUCCCCUGGUACUCUACUCGAGCUCUCGAAGGACAAGGGGUGAAUCACUACCUUAAACAAUUCAAAUUUGCACAUGGAAGCUUAGAUAUUAUAGUUGUAGAUACAGGAUUAUAUGAGGUUGCUUCAAAUGGUGCUGGAGAUAGUCAGUCACAAUGGCUGAUAGACACACUUGAAAACAGUGAAAGCAAAUGGUGCAUUGCUGUUGGAUUUCAUCCAUUGGUAGUUUGCGAAGAAGAUGCUCCUCAAACAAAACUAAAACACAAAUUCCAGUCUUUACAUGGCCUAUUUCUGAAGUAUGGUGUGGAUGCAUAUAUCAGUGCCCCUGUUUGUGCUGACAAUGUUGAGGAAAGACAUAUUGCAAAAUCCAAAACUAGUAUUGGCAGAUAUAAAGGACCUUUGCUGACUAAAGUGAAUCAGAACUUGCCUUGCUCUAUGGGAAGAGUAGAUGGAUUCCUACUUCACAAAGCCAGUGCUUUAGAGAUUGUUUCCUAUUUAGUCACCUUGGAAGGUGAUGUUGUGCAGAAAUUUUUUCUCCAUCAAAGAGGCAAAGAUGUUAUGUAGAUAUUCCUAAAGCUUCAAACAUCAUUUAGGGGAGCCAUUUGCUUCAGAUCGCCUUUUUUCGUUCUAGUUGUCGUCGUGGAAAAGAAUGAAAGAAGAUCAUAGAUUUAAUUAAAUAUUAGUGAAGAAUCGUAAUUCUCGUCUUCGUUCUCUUUUUUUUUUCCCUUUGCAGAGUAAGGGAAAAUGAAUUACGAAAGAAGCAGAUUCAGUACUGUGCUCAAGUUUGAACUAAUAGAUUCAACGUUUAUACUCAAGUUGAAAUUCACAUCUUUUGUACGAUACUGAUGUUCAUUUUGAAUAUCACUGGAUCCUUUCCAAAUUUUAUUGAGAUGUUUAUGCUAAUAGAGCGAAUGUGUUAUUCUAUAUUAUCGCACAUUGUAUUGUACUUUGAUUAAUUUCUUCACAAAAAUAGAUUUGGACAAGAAAUAAUUAAAAGAAA